AUUGUCAGAACGGCGGGUUCUGGCACGAGGCGUUUCCGAUCUGGAUGAGUUCCACACGCCGGAGGAGAAUAACGUUACAGUAUAAGUGGAGUUCGAGGGAGACUGAGGAGUAAUAUCUCUUGGUUUUUCAAACAUAUAUUUUUGUUCCCCAUUUGAAAAACUGGAACCAUCACCAUAGUUUCCCAACCCAGUGCACUGUCUCCACGUUUUACCAUGAAAAGGUUACCUCACAUCUGACGACUGGCUUCAGCAGACAAGAAGGAAAGACUGGUUAAAGGACUUUUUAAUUUUCUCAUAGGUUCAGCCACACUUCUCUCAAUCCGUCAUGUCCUCUGAGGCACGCUCUCCCUCGUCACCACUGUCUCCUGGUUCCCCAUCUUCACCAGUACCCCCAGGGUCUUUGCACUUGCCAGAGACUGGAGGACGCAACAGGGAGCGUUCUUUAUCUCCCAUGAGAGAUUAUCUCAUUCCCAGCCCUCUCCCAACAAGACGCACAAGAACCUGCUCUGCGGCAGCUCGAGCCUCAGAAGGACCAGUCUACACCGGUACAUGUAAGUGCUUCUCACGUUCCAAAGGACAUGGAUUCCUCACCCCAUCUGAUGGAGGAAACGAUAUAUUUGUUCACAUUUCUGACAUUGAAGGAGAGUAUGUUCCAGUGACAGGAGAUGAGGUCACCUACAAGAUUUGCUCCAUUCCACCCAAACACGAGAAGGUCCAAGCUGUUGAAGUAAAAAUUACCCACCUUGCACCAGGCAGCAAGCAUGAAACCUGGUCAGGCCAUGUCAUCAGCUCUUAAGGUUGGGGACUGAUUGCCUCGAUGAAGUACAGCUCAGUGAAGUCCUAUUAACAAAUAUUCUUCUCCCGUGAUUCAUAUCUUGCAGGAAAUGGGUGCAAAACAUUUUACUCUCUCUUUUUAUAAAAAGUUUUUUGUUUGUGGUGAAUGAAUAUAGGUUUUUUUUUUCUUUUGCCCAAGAGGGAUACAAUAGUGUAAAUUGAACCAAAAAUGUAACAGGCAAUUUGUAAUGUAACAUUUACAAAAAAGUAAAAGGAUGAAAAAUAAAGAACAGAACUAUUCUUUGGUGCCUUGAAA